AUGGCAUCUAGCAGAGCCCGCGACCUCCAAACUCUGCUUGCUGACAACCAAAUGGCCGUUCCGGAUUUGUUCUUGGACCCAGACCUCCGCACGUGGGUUCUGGCCCCGAUUCUGGUGGUCAUGAUUCUUGUGGGUCUCACAAGACACUAUAUCACUGUCUCGUCCCGCCCGUCACCUCCGCUGCUCAAAGGAAAAGACAAGCGGCAACAAGCAUACUUGAGGUACUCCAGCCUGUUACUCAAGCACUCGUUCAACCUGAGCGAGUACCAGUUCAACUCCACUGUUCAAGCACUUGUGCCAAAAUUCCGCGGCGGCGAGUAUCUUGCAAACCCAGAUUCCAAGCCCGCUAGUGGAAUGCCCGAUCUUUCAGAUCCGUCAAGCCUCGAGGGGGUGACCAAAAUGGCCCGCACUCAAAUUGUGAAUAUCGUCCCUCAAGCUAUUUUGAUGAGUUGGGUGUCCUCCUUCUUUGGAGGGCUUGUUGUCUUGAAGCUUCCUUUCCCCUUGACUUGGCGCUUCAAAGAGAUGCUGCAAUCUGGCAUUCAAACCGCCGACCUCGAUGUGAGAUGGGUUAGCUCUAUUUCAUGGUACAUUCUACUGCUCAUGGGUCUUUCCAGUGUUUAUGCUCUUUUGUUGGGCGGCAAUAACUCUGCAUCCCAGCAGCAACAGCAGCAGCAGCAGCUCUUCGGUGCUCCUGGUGUUGACUUUAAAAAGCUGUUUAGCGCUGAGGCCGACUCGAUGGAAUUGGCAACCCACAAAUCAGUUCUCCGUGGCGUUCAAUCCCGUGUUCUGGAACCAUGAUCCAUUAUAUAUCUCAUGUAUACAGACCCUGCUCUACACCAGUGGGUAUAUCUUUUCCGUAAACUCUUGUCCAACUUAUAGGCUGCUGGAAAGGUUUCGAGGGAAGACCCAAUCUCUGGGCCAAGAUAGUGGCCAACUCCUUUGCAUUGGCAAUAUUGUCGCCCUCGUAGGUGAAUAGAACAAUUGCAUCCGCAUCCAACGCCUUCACUGCCUCAACCGCAUAUCCAGACUCGGGUAAUCUGUCAGGAAUUGUGUCCUUGGUGUAUUCUGCAACCCGUAGCUGGCCCAAAUCCUCUAAUUUCAUACCGGCAUUAGCUGACCCGGCAACUAGGACUUUACCCUUGAGCUGGGACUUGAUUCCGUGAAUGAAUUUGCUCUUCUGACCGGGUAAAGGAGGCGAUCUUAUUUGAAUAAGCUUAAUGUCGUUCAAUUGAAAUAGUUGGCAUGCGGUGGUCAACCCUUGUUCCACUGGAAGCGUCAGCCCAUCAAGGGGUCCAGCAAAUGGGUAGAGGUGCUCAUCGUCCAAGGAUUGGACGAGCUUGAACCCAUAAGUAUAAAUUAAAAGAUCCAGAGCUAACUGUGGAACGUUUCCCGUCGAAACUGUCGGCAGCACUACCCGGGUGGCCAUUAUGAAAUCAGAUAAAGAAGU